GGCGGCCGGGAAAGGAGAAGAGGAAGCAGGGAAGGCGGCGGUAGCUGCCGAGGCUCCAGCGGUAUGGAGAUCCCCGCCGUUAACCUGAAGGCAAUUGUCCUGCUUCAUUGGCUGCUGACCAUAUGGGGCUGCAUGGGGCCCUGGUUACCAAACACGUACAGCUGGAGUAACUUCACGGUACUGGCCCUCGGCGUCUGGGCCAUUGCGCAGCGAGAUUCAGUGGAUGCCAUCUUCAUGUUCUUGACCGGCUUGCUGUUGACCAUCCUGACCGACAUCAUCCACUUCAGCCUCUGCUACCACCUGGUGGUGCUGACCGAUACCAUGCGCUUCUGUACCGGCAUGGCUAUUUUUAGCCUCCUCCUCAAGCCCCUGUCCUGCUUCUUUGCCUACCAGAUGUACAGAGAACGGGGCGGGGAGUAUGCCCUGAACCUCGGUGUGUUUGGCGUCAGCCAGGAUGUCAGUUCCUACCAGUCUAUUGAUACACCAGAUCCGCCUCGCCCGUACCCCGAUGUGGCGAGCAAGGGACCUCCGCCAUCCUCUUACUGACAGCCUUUUGGGGAGCUGAAGCAACUGGUCCCUCUUUGUUGUCUUCUUUGGAAAGGAAACGUCUUCUGUUUUCUCCCGGUGUGCCAUUCUCCAAAUGGAGGUGUGAUGCCCUGGGGUGUGGCACAAAGGCAACCCAGUCAGAUAAUCAGUAAGAGUCCCUUUAUUAGCUCCAACUUUGCCCGCAAUGUCCUGGUUACCUUUUGGCUGGAGAAAAACUCUUCCAGGAACAGC